AUGAUGCAUCUCAUCGUCAAAACCAGCUGCAGCUGCCAGUCCGGUUUGGAGACAGACGUGGUAACUUCUGCCACGGGAGUGGAAGUACUCUUAGCCCUUCUGUCUGGUCAAUUGAUCCGCCGUCUCAUGCAGCUAUUCGGUAGAGUGGAACGAAUUGGACAGAACAACCUGAGGUACCUUUACAAAGGCCGGUCCCCGGUUGCCCACGCUCCUGGAAAGCUCUGUAAGAAAGCAGCAGCUUAG